UGCUGAUACCUCUAUGAAUCAUUACAUUGAGUCCUUUACAGUCCUCAAACACGUGACCAAUGGUCCCCAAUUGAUUGAUAUUGAUUUCUUAACCAUCCAUCCGAAGAAAACCUUGAAUUUAUCUCUAAAUUUCGAUUUAUUUGCAAAACAACUAGUUUCUUAUUCAAGUAAUAAAAAGAGAAAAUCGGAAGUAAUACAGCUUCUCUUAAAAAAAAUUUCAUCAUUAAGCCAGAGUGAGGAUUUAAAUUCUACAGAGCUUAAAAAAGUUUCUAUUUUGAAACUCUUGCCACUUUUACUUCCUGCACCUGGGCCUUUUCAAAGUAUAACUGGUACUUUGUCACCAUGGCGACCGAGUAAAGACGAAGUUCAAAAAGGAUUUAUACUGCACGUUAAAGAUGAAUUAGAUUUAAGAGCUGAAUUAAAAAAUCGUAGAGAUAAUUUAAAAAACUAUGGUUUAACGGAACAACCGAUUGUUUCAGUUGUUGGUAUGAGUAAAAUAGAAUCAUAUAACGUCCACGUUAACAACAUUACUUAUCAGCUUGCGUCAGUUCUUGAAGCUGUAGAUAUUGCUUUCAAAAGUUUUUACGCUUUUCAAUUAUCAUACCCAAAAGAAUCAGAGUAUUCUUGGAUGGUUCUUCAACAAAAAAUUUAUGGCAUUAAAGGAGAGAAAGACGGACCAGUAUUGCCGUGUAUCCGUACUUUUAUAACAGAUUUGAAUAACUGUAAAGUUUAGUCUUAUUUAUUAUUAAUUUAAAUUAUUUUUAAUUGUCCUUAUCUUCUCAUUUGUUUUAAAGUUUUUUUAAUAAAAAUGCCAGUUUGUUUUUUGUGUCAGCAAAAUUUUGCAAUAAAUAUUUUAAAGCAUCAUUUUGAUUCUGUUCAUUAUAUUAAUAACGAAGAUAAAAAAUAUACUUGUGGUGAAAAUUCUUGCAAUAGAUCUUACAACAACUACUGUUCAUUCCAACGGCACUGGACUAAGGAGCACAAUCAUGUUUUGGAACUCAAAAAAUUUGAAACUAGAGCUUCUUCAAUUCCUGUUAAUAAGUCAAAAGUGUGCCUUUCUGGAUCAGCUAGUAAACAAGAAAAAUUAAUUAAAAAUUCAACACAGAGUCUGUCGUUAAAUAAAAAUCAAAACAUAAAUACAAAACUACAAGUUUUUAAAAGUUUGCAAGAAGAUAUCUUAAAUACUAGCCUUAAAAUGUACAAAACUCCUACAGUGUCACGCAAACAAGUUCAGGAGUUUGUUACGUCAUCGAAAUCAUUAGUUACCACUGGUCUAAACACAAUCAAAGAGCAAUUGAUUAAUAUAAAUUCAGAAUCUUCAGGGAUGGUAAAUUUAAAAUCUGUCACGGAUCUUUUUGAUUCAUUUACUAAUGCUUUUACUGACCUCGAUACAGAACAUAAACGCAUAAAAAUAUUGAAACAAAAAAAUUUGUACUUUGAGGCAGAAAAAUUUUUAAUCGGUCAAAAGUCUCAAGAUUGUAAACGUAACUUAGACGGUACCAAAAAAAAGUCUUCUUUGGAGGCAUAUGGUUAUCAAUUUCCACUCAAAACCAUGCUCAAAAAAAUUUUUGAACUGCCUGAGGUAUAUGAUACAGUUCUAACGUAUGUACAGCACCUGGAAGAAGAAACAUCGGUAAUAUCAAACUUUAUGCAAUCUAAACUAUGGAAACGGAAGAUACAGAAUUUUGAAUCAAAAAAAGUUUUUCCUAUUAUGUUAUUUUGCGAUGACUAUGAAACAGGUAAUGCACUUGGUAGCCACUCAGGAUGCAACAAGUUGUGUGGAUGUUACAUAACAUUGCCUUGUUUUCCACCACAUUAUCAGUCUUCAUUAGAAACGAUCUUCUACGCGCUUCUUUUUUACUCCAAAGACAGAGAGAAGUUUGGAAAUGCUGCUGUUUUUAGACUUCUUAUCGAUGAAUUGAAUGACUUGGAAAUAAAUGGAUUGGAGCUUGAUUUACCUCACGGAAAAACCCAAAUUUAUUUCAAAUUGGGCUUAAUUGUGGGUGACAAUUUGGGCCUUCACUCAAUACUCGGUUUCGUUGAAAGCUUCAAUGCUCAUUAUGCGUGUAGAUUUUGUACAAUGGACAAGGACCAACGAUCAAUGGCUUCUCUUGAAGACCCUGUCUACAUGAGGACUAAAAUUUCAUACGCUAAAGAUAUACUUCUAAAUGACGUUUCUGCAACUGGUAUCAAAGAAGAAAGUGCUUUUCACCGUUUGAACGAUUUUCAUGUCACUGAAAACUAUUCAACUGACAUAAUGCACGAUGUCUUUGAAGGCAUUUGUGUGUUUGAUAUGGCAGCUAUGAUAAAAUAUUAUAUAUCAGAAAAAAAAUAUUUUACAUUGCAGCAAUUAAAUCAGUUGAUGAAUAAUCAUAGUUGGGGCGAAACAGAGUCAAGUAUACCUUUGCCAAUAAAUGAAAAUGACUACAAAAAUGAGCAUCUACGAAUGUCAGCUGCUGAAAUGCUUACAUUUGUUCGACAUUUUGGUCUAUUAGUAGGGGAUUUGGUGCCUGAGGAUGAUCCAGUUUGGAAGAUUUACUCUCUCCUUCGACAAAUCAUUGAUAUAAUUACUUCUCCAUCAGUACAGGUUGAAUGUUACUUGAUGUUACGAGUUCUAUUGAAAGAACAUUCUUUCUUAGUUCGUCAUGUACUCAAAAGGUCACUCAAACCGAAAGACCAUAUUUCUACUCAUUUGCCAACAAUUUUGAGAGAAUGUGGACCUCCAAUUAAUUUUUGGUGCAUGCGGUUUGAAGGAAAACAUAGAGAAUCGACAGUGCCAGCUUCUGUGAGUAACUGUAAAAAAAAUGUUGCUCAAACAAUUGUUACUAAACAUCAAUUGAAAUUUGCCAGCCAACUUUAUGCAAUGAAUAUUGCUCCUAUUUUUGAAGAAGGGCCUUCGUCAUCUUGUAAAUUGAGUGAUUUGCCAAUAAUAUUCAACGACAGCUUGAAUCAACAACCGAAUUUUAUAAAUACUACUAUACACACGGUUAAUUGGGUAACCAAAAAUGGUAGUACUUAUAAGCCGAACAUGGUGCUAUGUACGAAUGAAAAUAAUAAUGAACCAGUUUUUGGACUUAUUAAAUUUAUUUUACUAGAAAUGAUACGCCAUUUUUUAUUUAUCAAAGACUUAGAACGAUAUUCCGAGAACAUGGACAUGUUUAUGAAGUUACAGCUAUGAUGCCAGUUUGUUCUAUUAUGAGCUAUGAUAAUUUAUUAAAUUUUAAACCACUAAGUCUUACAUCAAAAGCUGAUAAAAAUUAUAUAAUAUUGCGUCAUUGUUUUUAGAAGUAACCACCGCAUUUUAAUUAA